GCCCAAGCAAAAUCUGCUGAGCUCUAAAAAUCAGAAGCAGAACCGUUCACUCCUGCUUGCGAACUCAUAUUUAUGCAUACACAUAUAUAGCUCUGAAAUAUCAGUAGUGUUGACAAGGAUUAUCACAAUGGCCUGCAGGACCGUGUUCAGAACGGUAUUCUUGAAGGAACCAUGGUUACCUCUUCCAAGGAAUCCGACCUCUUUUCCCGUGCCAUUGUUUUAUAACCACAAAUCUUCUCUAUCCGUUUUGCGUUGUCGCUGUAAAUCCCCAAGUUAUAGAAGAACUCAGCUUCUUAAUUGCUCCAAUAACGGAAACCCAUCUUCCUCUGAAGAUGAUCUUGAACAAGGUCCUCCUCAAGAAGUUGUCCUAAAGGCCAUUUCAGAAGUGUCCAAGACAGAAGGGAGAGUUGGACAAACUACCAACGUUGUUAUUGGGGGCACGGUGCAUGAUGACUCAACUAAUGAGUGGCUAGCUCUCGACAAGAAGGUGAAUUCUUACCCAACCGAAAGAGGCUUUACAGCUAUUGGUACUGGAGGUGAUGAUUUUGUGCAUUCUAUGGUUGUUGCUGUAGAGUCAGUGAUACAACAGCCUGUUCCCCAGGGCCAGGUGAAGCAGAAGGUAUCUUCAGGGGGGAAAUAUGUAUCUGUAAAUAUCGGACCCAUUCAAGUUGUUUCCAGUGAGCAGGUUCAAGCUGUAUACGAGGCCAUGAAGAGAGAUGUUAGGAUGAAAUACUUUCUGUAAACUACUUUCGUCACUCUAUCUUUGUAUAUAAUGGCAAUAUCUAAGAGAGUGUGUCGUUUUGUACUUUAGUUUGAUCUUGUUUUCCUAAUAUAUGUUACAUGUAUUCAUUGAACUAAAUAUUCUUACUGGAUUUUUGGGAACUCGUGUGGAGGGUAAUUUAUGAUUUUUCCUUUAAUGUGAGUACGAGGCCUUCAAUGUGCUACUGGAUGACACCUCGGUAGACAAGACAUACACCACGCCAGGCUUGAACCCUUGAGAGGCACCUAGGUGUUGGACAUGCACCUUGCAUUGAUAUGGCGCGGGUAGAUGUGCCUUUUGAACCAUUGGGAAGUAGAUCUUAGCAAUACCAACCUAUGCUACAUGUCUUUAGACACUUUCUUUGAUUUUUAUGUGAAGAGUCGAAGGAAUACUUUGCUAAACACUUUGUUUU